AUUUUUUAAUGAUUGCACCGCGGUCACACUGAUAGCCGGCAUUUUGUUGUCUUUUUCGAAUUUAGCAAAUAAAAUGUGGUUUUCCGAGAAUUUAAAGAUCCGCUUGACUAUGAUGACAAGGAGACCACGCCUGAUCCGCUAUGGCUUCGUCGACACCAAGUUUGGGCGCAUGCUAAUGGGCGUGGUGCCCUUGGACGAUGUUCAGAGUGAAGCUCAAGACGCAAUUUGUCUGCUGUAUUUCGUCAUGGAGAGUGACCAGGACACUCUUGAGGAGGCGAGGCAUCGUUCGCACGGUGCAAAGAUGGAGCUGGAGAGUGCCACCAUCCAGAAGUGGACCGAAAAACUCUUCUCCGGCGGCAAGGACGUGGAAUGUGUGAUCGACGUUGCCAUCAUUGGAUCACAGUUCGAGACUGCUGUCUGGUCCGCUCUGCUGGAGGUGAAGAGUGGUCAGAAGUACACCUACAAGGAGCUGGCGAUGCAGAUGGGUCGCCCCGAGGUAGUGCGAUCCUUGGCCAGUGCAGUGGGCCGCAAUGAGGUGGCUAUUCUCAUACCCUGCCACCGCAUUGUGUCCAAGAACGGAGACUCCAAGUACCACUGGGGCGGCCAGCUCAAGCAGGAACUGCUCAGCUUUGAGGCUACAAAGUAGAUUGUUAUAAGAUACAUCAUUAAAAAUCGUUAUAUAUUUUUUAUUGAA